AUGUUUCGUUCUUUAACCUCAAAAUCAUUAUCUAAAGUCCCUAAACACGGGAUUAAGUAUUAUCAAGGACUAUUUGCUUCAAAUUUACGAAAUGCUUCAAGUUAUAAUGCUCAUGUAGCGGGCUUAACAGAAGAACAAAAGGAGUUUCGUGAGGCCGUCGAAGUUUUCUGUAAAAAGGAAUUAGUACCUCGUGCUGCCUCCAUCGAUAAAGAAAAUGAGUUUCCUAUGGAUAUGUGGAGGAAAUUCGGUGGUAUGGGUCUUUUGGGUAUAACUGCCCCGGAAAAGUACGGUGGUUUGCAAAAAGGUUACUUCGAACAUACUUUUAUAAUGGAAGAAAUUUCACGCGCUUCUGGGUCAGUUGCUCUUGCUUAUGGCGCACACUCGAAUUUGUGUGUAAAUCAAAUUGUGCGAAAUGGGAACGAGAAACAAAAAGACAAAUACUUGCCAAAGCUUAUUUCAGGUGAACAUGUGGGUGCGUUGGCAAUGUCCGAACCAAAUUCCGGCUCUGAUGUUAUUUCCAUGCGUUGUCGCGCUGAAAAUAAAGGUGAUCAUUAUGUGCUUAAUGGAAAUAAGAUGUGGAUUACCAAUGGGUCAGAUGCAAAUGUGUUGGUGGUGUAUGCAAAGACAAACAUGGAUGCAGGGCCUAAAGGAAUAACCGCAUUUCUUGUUGAAAAGGGAUUCGAAGGAUUUUCAACAGCACAAAAACUUGAUAAAUUGGGAAUGCGAGGUUCAAAUACAUGUGAACUUGUAUUUGAAAACUGCAAAGUUCCGGCCGAAAAUGUGCUUGGAUCUGAAGGGAGAGGUACAUAUGUUUUAAUGAGUGGAUUAGAUUUAGAACGAUUAGUUCUUUCCGGAGGGCCAUUAGGACUUAUGCAAGCGUCGUUAGAUGUUGUUUUACCAUAUGUGCACACUCGUAAACAAUUUGACACGCCUAUCGGUCAUUUCCAGUUAAUUCAAGGAAAGCUGGCUGAUAUGUACACAAAGUUAAACGCAUCCAGAGCCUAUGUUUAUUCGGUGGCCCGUGCCUGUGAUAAUGGACAUGUUUCGAAUCGGGAUUGUGCUGGUGUCAUACUUUACGCGGCGGAACGUGCUACAGAAGUGGCUUUAGAUGCUAUUCAGUGUUUGGGUGGUAACGGAUAUAUUAAUGAUUAUCCGACCGGACGUCUUUUAAGGGAUGCCAAAUUGUAUCAAAUUGGGGCUGGUACAAGUGAGAUUAGGAGAUUGAUUAUUGCUAGAGAAUUUAAUAAAGAAUAUCAAAAUGUUGAGUAG